CAUCGUAGGUGCGCCACUUCAAUGUGGUAAAUAAUAGGAGUAGGAAACCAAGUAUAUUCUACGUCAUACUUAAGGAAGGGUUCGCUUUGCCAUGCCAAAGCGUGAGGCGGCGCCAGACUCUGAAAAUUUCUGUCAUAAAUCAAGAAGCUGUCGCGAUGGUCUUGCGGUAGGCUCUUUUUGUACCACAAAGCGGCGCAAAAUUAUACAUGAAGCGGACGAAUACACCACCUGCUUUGUUGAUACAUAUAAGCAACCAAUCGGCAGGGAAGUCAUCAUGAUGCCGCAGCUAAGUCGCCCCUCCGCAGGUGCGAUGCGCGAGCACUUUUUUCGAGACUUGCCAUGCUCUUGGAAGGAAGCCUUUCCACUUGGGUACCUGGUUGUUAUUCCGCAUUGCUUUGGGGAUAUUUCUUUCCGUAUGGCAGCUCAACAAGGAGUUCAGCCGUCAACAUCCCUUAAGACGUCGCGCCACUCUACCAUCCGUUACAAGUUCUUAGCAGCGGCAGUCGCACAAGCACGUGGGGAAAUCGGUGCCGUCGACACCAUACCACCCUAUGCUUCACUUGUGGUUGCAUUCGCUUUACAAGAUGCAGGGCACAUUGAGCAAAGUUGGGAUCCAGAAAAUUCUGUGGCUAUUUCAAAUUCAGGUGAUCGUAAACCAUUGAGGGGGAAAAAGCGGGAGUGUGGCGCGGUGAUUGGACUUUGCAUUGCAACGGAGCAGGAUCGAGCGUACCACGUGCAACAAAGCCAUCCCGGCUCAUUCACUCACGGAAUGCCUUGUGGUACCUCUAACAAUGGUGCGUACUUUAUAGGGGGGGAGUCUGUUGGUGGUGCGUUGUUCUGUGGAAUCCACCUCAUGUGGGUUGCGUUGCCCUUUCGUGGUCGCGGCGUCGCAUUUGAGAUGAUUGAGGUGGCGAGAAGGCACAUAUCAUACGGAAAUGUAAUUGCACGUGAGCAUGUCGCUUUUCUCGAGCCGACGGCAUCGGGAUCCGCCUUUGCGCAGCGUUAUUCAGGUCGUUCAGACUUUCUUAUUUUUACGACUACAGAAUUCUAA